UGUGUGUGUGUGUGUGUCAAUCUUGCUGCAUAUUUUGGAGCUGUGUGAAAGAUAAAUUUGUUUGUCUGCGCAAAACGGUACUGUACUGCCAUACACUAAUGCUCUAGCACAAGAUCUGAGAUGGAGAUGGAGUAUAAUAGCUGCUGGGUAGGCAGCUGGAGCAGGUGUAAGGGGUUAAUUUCCUGCCUGUCUGCCUCUUCUGAUUGGCUUUGACUUCGGUUUAAGCUGCCAGAGUGUCUCCUGCUGGAAACACCACAAGCAGAAACUCAAUUAUCAAUCCUUUUUACCAUCUAUUAUUGUCUUGUCCUGCUGAAAUGUUUGAAGACAAUAAAAUAAAUCUUGAUUUCUAAAGAAAAUGUGAGUUGUGCUUGCUGGUCAAAACCUGCCCCCAGGACAAUGAAGUUAUGUACACUACUCCAAGCUUAAAGAAUCCACCCCCACAUCUUUUUGAUAUUCUGGUGCUGAGAUUUGACUGGGGCAUGCUGCUUUGCAGUUGCUAGGGUGUUUUGGUUGUUGCUAUUCUGAUCCCUGGAUAUGUGUGGUGAACCUUUUCAAUUGAAGUGUAUGAGUUUAUUAGAUUUUUUUGUCUAUUAUGUCAUCUGUCAGAUUAAAAUCGAUAAAUCAUGUCCAUCACACAAAUGAUGUUGAAUUAAAUAAAGUUUUGUCUGGAAGAAGAAUAAGUAUGGUGUUUAGUGAUAGUGUUGCUUGAUAGUAAUAGUGACUCAAAGCUGAAAAUUCACCAGAAUACAUUUGAUCUUGAGCUGUACUCACACUGAACAUGAUUUUAAACCAGCGCCCUUCAUUUGCUUAUACCUAUUAUAAUCUUUAUUUGAUAAUUUUUCCGAAAAUGUAUAUAUUGAAUAGAGUGUCUGCACAAAUUGCAGAUUACCUUGCUGUAGACUGCAGAUUAGAGGAGCAAUAGACACAGGUCACAGGUUCUCCUUUAAAUGUGUGUGUGGUUCAAUGGAGUGUGAAGUGAUGAUUAUGUGAUGUCUUCUCUUACUUUGUGUGUGAUUGAGAGAAGGAGAGACUCUUCAUGCCCUUCAGAGGGAAAGGGAAGGGUCAAUCUGUGCUGCAGAGACCCCUCCCUUCAGCAUCCACUCUUUCAUGACACGGAGGCCAUGAAAAGAGCACUAGCACUGAUUGAGUCAAAGAUGGCUCAGGCUAAAGGCUGGCUUAGGGAUCCUAAUGGUCUACCAGGAGACCCAGGAGAGCAUGCGGUGCAUCAGAUCCUGGAUGAAGCAGGAAAAGUAGGAGAGCUUUGUGUGGGGAAAGAGAGGAGAGAGAUUCUGGGAACAGCCAAAACCCUCGCCCAGAUGACGGAUCAGGUGUCAGAUGCGCGCGCCAGAGGUCAGGGUGUCACCCCCAUGGGCAUGCGAAAAGCUCAGCAGGUAGCUCAGGGUCUGGAUAUUAUGAUGGGGAAAGUGGAGAAUGCUGCUCGGAAGCUGGAGGCCCUGACCAAUGCCAAGCAGGCCAUUGCCAAGAGAAUUGACACUGCCCAGAGCUGGCUGGCUGACCCUAACGGUGGCCCGGAGGGGGAGGAGAACAUUCGUGCUCUUCUGGUAGAGGCCAAGCGCAUUGCUGACUUGUGUGAAGACCCUAAAGAAAGAGAUGAUAUCCUGCGCUCCAUCAGUGAAAUUGCUGGGCUCACUUCAAGACUGGUCGAACUUCGUAAAAUGGGUAAAGGCGAUACUCCUGAGGCUAGAGCACUGGCAAAACAGAUUGGCACAGCUUUGCAGAACUUGCAGUCAAAGACUAGCCGUGCCGUGGCCAAUAUGAGACCCGUCAAGGCUGCGGUUACCCUAGAGGGCAAAAUGGAGCAGGCCUUACGCUGGAUCAACAACCCUGGGGUUGAUGACCGUGGAGUAGGCCAGGCUGCUAUACGAGGGCUGAUAGCAGAGGGCCGUAGGCUGGCUAACUCUCUACCAGGGCCAUACAGACAGGAGCUGCUAGCAAAGUGUGAGCGAGUGGAGCAGCUGAUGAUGCAGUUGGCAGAUCUGGCCACUCGGGGAGAGGGAGAGAAUCCUCAGGCUCGUGCUGUUGCCGCUCCGCUUUUGGAGGCAAUUAAAGAAUUGAAGGCAAAGAUGCAGGAGGCCAUGACCCAGGAGGUGUCUGAUGUUUUCAGUGAUACAACCACACCGAUUAAGCUUCUGGCAGUGGCAGCAACAGCACCUCUUGAGGCCCCCAACAGAGACGAGGUCUUUGUGGAAAGGGCCUCUAAUUUUGAGAAUCAUGCCAGCAGACUGGGUGCUACAGCAGAGAAGGCUGCCGCUGUGGGAACAGCCAAUAAAAGCACAGUGGAAGGCAUCCAGGCAGCAGUGAAAUCAGCCCGCGGUCUCACACCUCAGGUCACUUCUGCUGCACGCAUUUUGCUGAAGAACCCUGGCAACCAGGCAGCAUACGAGCACUUUGAGACCAUGAAGAAUCAAUGGAUUGACAACAUUGAAAAAAUGACCAGUCUAGUGGAUGAAGCCAUUGACACUAAAUCCCUCUUGGAUGCUUCAGAGGAGGCCAUUAAGAAAGACAUUGAUAAGUGCCGAGUGGCAAUGGCUAACGUUCAGCCUCAGAUGUUGGUUGCGGGGGCCACCAGUAUUGCCCGAAGGGCCAACAGGGUCCUUUUGGUGGCCAAGAGGGAAGUGGAAAACUCUGAGGACCCUAAAUUCAGGGAACUGGUUAAAGGUGCUUCAGAUGAUCUUGGUAGAACAAUCUCACCCAUGGUUAUGGCUGCCAAAGCUGUUGCAGGAAACAUCAAGGAUCCAGGUUUGCAAAAGAGCUUCCUGGACUCUGGCUACAGGAUCUUGGCUGCUGUGGGGAAAGUCAGAGAGGCCUUCCAGCCUCAGGAGCCUGACUUCCCCCCUCCACCACCAGACCUUGAUCAGCUGCAUGUUAAUGAUGAUCAGGCUCCUCCCAAACCACCCCUCCCUGAAGGAGAGGUACCUCCCCCAAGACCUCCACCACCAGAAGAGAAGGAUGAGGAGUUCCCAGAGCAGAAAGCCGGCGAGAUGGUGAGCGAGCCGAUGAUGGUGGCUGCCAGGCAACUACACGACGAGGCCCAAAAAUGGUCCAGCAAGCCUGAAGUGACAGACGAGGGUUUUGAAGCCACUGAGGCAGAUGUAGAUAUAGAGGAUGAGGAUGAAUUCACAGACAACGAAGAUGAUUAUGAGCCCGAGCUACUCUUAAUGUCCUCCAAUCAGACAGUUAACCAGCCCAUUCUGGCCGCUGCGCAGUCUUUGCAUCAGGAGACUCGCAAAUGGUCCAGUAAGGGAAACGACAUCAUUGGAGCAGCGAAGCGCAUGGCCCUGUUGAUGGCAGAGAUGUCUCGCCUGGUGCGUGGAGGCAGUGGGAAUAAACGUGCCCUUAUUCAGUGUGCCAAGGACAUCGCCAAGGCCUCAGAUGAGGUCACACGUCUGGCUAAGGAAGUAGCCAAGCAAUGUACCGACAAACGGAUACGCACUAACCUUCUGCAGGUUUGUGAGCGCAUCCCAACUAUCAGCACUCAGCUGAAGAUCCUAUCUACAGUGAAGGCCACUAUGCUGGGACGCACAAACAUCAGUGAGGAAGAAUCUGAGCAGGCUACUGAGAUGCUUGUGCACAAUGCACAGAACCUCAUGCAGUCUGUGAAGGAGACAGUGAGAGAAGCAGAGGCCGCUUCCAUCAAGAUCCGCACAGACGCUGGGUUCACUCUCCGUUGGGUCCGAAAGACCCCCUGGUACCAGUGAAUGAGGACUAGAUUCUUUCCCAUUUAAAAUCUGCACCCUUGCCUUUUCAAACGUCUGAUAAGGGGGUGGCAAGGAGAAAAAAAGGAUUCUGUCUGAUCCUUAAAAUUUUGGACAUCAGUGUUAAGUUCUAGUUUAGGGGCGACUGAUAUUACCAAUUUUUAUUUACUUACUGGUAUGGGUACUUAGUUUGCUGAUUACUUUGGAGGCUAUUUUUGUCCUGAAAGUUUGCUAUCGGUAACUUCAUCUUACACUAUAGUGGUUUACAUAGGAGGCAGAUUUUUAGAUAUAUAUUUUUGGUAUGUUGGGUUUCCAAAUUCUAGGUAUAUAUAUUUUUUUUUUUGCAUGAAGAAGUUUUCUAUUUUGUAUUGGAGAAAUAUGGCAUGAUGACGUAAAUGCCUGUCAAACAAUGUUGGAGUUAAUGAUGAAAUUUACUUUUAAUGUAAUUUUUGACAGUUACAUUUUCUUAUUAAAAAUGUAUAUAUUUAUAUUUCUUAAUGCUGUCUGAAUUAAUCAGAUCCUUAUCACAGAUCAUGUUUAUUCGCAAAUAUACAUAAAAAUUAUAGUUCACCCAAAAAUGCCAUCAGAAAAAAUGCCAACCAUCAUGCCAUCAGAAAAAAUGCCAACCAUCAUGCCAUCCCAGAUAUCUAUCUCUCUUUUUCAGAACACAAACCAAGAUUUUUUAGAAGAAUAUUUCAGCUCUGUAGGUCCAUACAAUGCACGUGAAUGGUGACCAAAUCUAAUUUAGUUAAUCUAGUUUUGGAUAAGAACAGACCAAAAUAUAACUCCUUUUUCACUGUACAUUGCAGUCUCCAAGCACACUCAUGAUUUCAAACUUGAUUACACUUCCUAGUGUUUGACACAUGCACAGAGCACUUGAUGGUGCUAUAGGAAGGGUAAUUGAGCUUGGAAUCAUGGUUGCCAAGGAGACUGCUGAUGUCAAGGUUUAUAGUGAAAAUUGAGUUAUAUUUUGGUCUGUACUCACCCAAACUGACUGGAUUACUUCAGAAGGCAUGGACUAAACCGCUGGAGUUGUAUGUAUUACUUUUAUACUGCGUUUAUGUUCCUGUUUUUGAAGCUUCUAAGUGUUAGUCACCAUUCACUUACAUUGUAUGGAUGUACAGAGCAGAUAUAUUCUUCUAAAAAAAAAAUCUUAAUUUGUGUUCUGCAGAAGAAAGAAAGUUAAUUCUUUAGAGGGUAAGUAAAUGGUGAGAAUAUUUUCAUUUUUGGGUGAAUUAUCCCUUUAAGUACAUUGACUUUUAGGCUUUAUUGGUUAAGUUAUAAUUUGCUAUAAUUAACUGUUCUUUUAUAGCUCAUAUUUAUAAUGAAUUUUGCUUGGCUAUUUAUUACAUGGGAUGAUGCCUUUUGAUUUUUUUGUAUGGGUCAUGCAACUACAGAGACAUUACAGAGAAGUAUCUUGCAUGGUGGAUGCCAAAGACUUUUUUUGUGAACUUAAUAUUCUUUAGCUAUUAUAUAAACGGUACUUUAAUGUAAAUGUAUGUAGACAUGCCAUUCUUUCUUAAUACAAUUGUUGUUAUUUUUUCUUUCAUUCUGUUAAACUUGUGUGAGAGAGGAUGUGAAUUAGAUUUCUCAUAUCCCUUCAAAAAGAGAAGCACAAUUAUCACAACAGUUUAACUGUUUUUCUCUGGUACCUGGCUAAAAUGAACAUCAAAGCCAGUCUUUUUACAGUUAAAACAAUUUAUAGAUUCAAAUUUGACCACUUUUAGUGUGCUUCUGUUUGUAUUUCAAUAGACGUAUAUUGAUGAAGGACCUGUCUUAAUGUACAGUACUGUGCAAACGUUUUAGGUACUUGUGGAAAAACUUUCAAAGUGAGGAUUUCUUAAAAAAAUUAGGACAAAUAGUUUUCAUUAAUCGAUGUCAUACAAAGUCCAGUAAACAGAAAAAGAGCCAAAUUAAUAUUUGGUGUGUACGCAACCAAAACAGCCCCAAUUCGCCUACUUACACCUGGACACAGUUUUCCUUGGUUGUUGGCAGAUAGGAUGUUCCAAGCUUCUUUGAGAAUUCACCAGAGUUAUUCUAUCUAUUUAGGCUGUCUCAAUUACUUCUGUCACUUUAUGUAAUCUCAGACUGACACGAUUUUCAGUGGGGGGCUUUGUUAGGGCCAUGCCAUCUGUUGCAGGCUCCUUGUCGCAAUAGAAAAUGUAUAUUUCCUAUUGACACUAAAGUAGCAGAUAUAAAUAACCAUCUUAAGACAAAUGUUGAUGUGAAACUUCAAAGACUUUUGCACAGUAAUGUAUCUUCCAUUUAGAUCAAAUGGAUAACUACUACACAAGACUCAGGUGGCUUGUUUGUAUGUGAUACCACUCUUUGGAUAUAAUUAAGGACGGCAAGUGUAACUUUUACCUUAGGUAGUAACAUAGAUUUGUAUUUAUGGAAUUUGUAGCACAAUACUGAAGAGGAACAAUGUUAAGCUGCACUUUCUGUACAGCUAACAAUUUAUCAGAUGAUGCACUGCCUUGCAUUCACUUAAAAUCUUUCUGUAACAUAUCCAUUGGGAAGAGUACCCUUGUCAGCCCCGAUAUAGUGCCUCAUUGUGAAGUUUACAGGGCUGCAUUUUAUGUGUAAUAGCAUGUUUUGGGUUAUGGUGACAUUAGAAAGGGUGAAAAUAUUGUUUUGUGAAUGUAUAUAUAACACAUAUAUAUUCCAUCAAUGUCACAUAAAGUACAACAUCAUAUGUGCCCCAUAAUAAAACAGUUAUUACAUAUAUAUUUGAACAAAGGGACAAGCUGCUGUCUCAUGUAUAAAAGAUAGUGCACUUCAGAUUUCAGUUACUGGAUAAUGAGUAAUAGAUUACACUGCAUGUCUGGAAAGUUAGAUAGUAUAAAAAAAUCUUCAGUGAAUAAAGGACUCUUGGUGGUAACUUCCAAGACAUUUUCUCUGUGCUACUCAUGAAACUUUCAGGUGUAUUCAAGUGAAUUCAUUAUAAUCAUAUCGUAAUGAACAGCCAUUUGUCAGAGCUGGAAACAAGCACACAGGGACGUCAUUUUAUUUCCAUACAUUAUAAAUCUGAGGGCUUUGGGUUUAAAUACAUAUCUUUAAAUGCAAUUAAGCAGUUCCCUUGAUUUACAUUUAAAAAAUAAUUGUGUGUCCUUUGUGAGAGCAAAUUCUUUGGAAAGCUUUAAAUGUGGCGUACUUGGCAAACUAACGUGUAGUUAUUACUAAGCAAUUUCUUGGACACAAAUGAGAGGUGUCAUCUCUUGAUUGGAAGUGUUGAGUAGAGGUUCCUUUUGAGACAGAAUACACCUGCUGCUGACCACAGAGCUGCGAUAUGCUUGUGGAGAAGAUUGGAAGAUUGUUAUUCUAUGCAUGGUUGUGUAUUUAAAGGCCAUUUGUGUGUGACUGAGGCCUCUUAAAAUUAUUGUUCCCACUGAAAGGCCACUGAACACAAAAGUAAUGAAAUGACAAAUGAUUCAAUGAAAAAAUAUAUUUCUCUAUGUGCGGAAAUUCUCAAGUAUGAGUUUGUACCAUUAUCAAUGAUUGUAGUACAUUAAAUGAUGUAAUUAAUGUAAAGUACCUCAGUUAAUAUGAAACCCAAGUCUUGUAAUACUCAUUCUCAAAUUACACUGACUAUAACAAAUGUUCAGAGUCAGAGUGUUUCUGUCAGAGAAGUAAUAUGAAUUACAUCGACAGCACUUUA